GCUGUUGCUUCAAGCCGAGCUGCCUGAAAAAGAACACGUGUCAAUCAAUACCGCAGGAAGAUUCAUCGCCGGGCCUCGAGCCAUGCCGAAGGUUUCAAAUGGUGCGAUAUACACGGUGUACCUCAUCGUUCUGAUGGACAUGCUGAACUUCGGCAUCGUCUUCCCGCUGCUCCCCUCCAUCGCGGAGCACUUCGGCGCCAACGCCACGCAGGUGGGCAGCCUGGCCACGGCCUUCUCCGUGGCGCAGGUGAUCUGCACCCCGCUGCUAGGCCGCGCCUCGGACGCCUUCGGGCGGCGCCCGGUGCUGCUGAUCGCAGUGCUGGGCACGACACUCUCCACGGCGCUCACGGGCUUCGCCUGGACCUUCAACGUGAUGCUCGUUGCACGUGCCAUCAACGGCGCGAGUGGCGGCACCGUGGGUAUCGCAAACGCCUACAUUGCAGAUGUGUGCUCUGGGGACGAAAAGCCUGUGUACAUCUCCUACCUCCAGGCCUGCAACUCCAUCGGCAUCAUCGUGGGCCCGGCCCUGGGCGGCGCCCUGAGCCACUUCGGCUUCUCCGUGGCCUGCUACGUCUCUGCGGCCCUCUCUGGCCUGAAUUUCUUCAUCGGCCUGUGCUUCCUCACGGACUCACGGGGGAGCGCAAGGGAGGUAACGGAAGCCCUCACUUCGCAGACUCAAGUGGCUGAUGCGGCCGGUGAUGGAGGAGUCUUGCAGGCUGAGCGCACUUCCUCUCGAUUGGCGCCACCGGCAAAUCCUGCGCUGCAGCAGCGCCAGAGCUCCGUGGACACUGGCGCGGACUACGUGCCCUGGAGCGCUGGGCUUCUCUUCGGCGCCGGCUUCCUCUUCAUGCUGGGCUUCGCGUCCUUCGAGAGCGUCACGGGAUAUUACUUGAUGGACAUGUACUAUCCCGGUGAUCAGGUUGCCAGUGGACAGUUUUAUGGUGCUUUGUUCACUACUGCAGGCGUGACCAUGUUCAUCAUGGCGAUAUGUGUGUACAAGCCGAUGAUUUUGCGAAUCGGAGAGAAUCCUACUGUCGCGAUUGGUGGAAUUUUGAGAGCCUUGGGCUUCAUGGGCAUGUCCUUCGCGCCCAGCCCCGGGUGGUUCGCUGCCGCGGCCAUCCUUCAGAUCAGCGGGGGAAACUUGAUUUCCCCGACAACAUCCUCGCUACUCACCACCUUGUGCUCUAAGAAGAUCUACGGCAAAGCCUUGGGCUACCAGCAGAGUUUCCAAGCCAUCGCUCGCAUCUUUGCGCCAACCCUCUUCGGCUACUUGUACGACCACUACGACAAGAGGGCCACAUUCUGGAUCAACGCUGCGACCAGUUUGCUGGCCGUGCCUAUGAUCGUCGCAGUGCCCCGACCUAGGGUCACGGUGUCCGCUGCGGAGGUGGAGGAGAACUGUGACUGCAUGGAGCGGCAGCGGUCGAUCCCUGCCACCCUGGACGGCACACCCCACCACGGCAAUUUGAGAAGACAGAUCUCCGCUCAAGGAAGCAAUUGCAAUCAGGCAAGCAUGCAGCCCGUGCAAGGCGGCGCUUAAAUACAGCACCAGAUUUGGGCUUUGUAGCAUGCAAGCUGGAGCCUAUGGCUGUGGUUGCUGGCUUGGAUCGAUGAUUCACCAGCAUUUGGAUAAUGUCUGUUGCGUAAGCGCAGCUCUGUGAACAGUGAUUGAUUCAGUUGUUGGGUUUGGGGCGCAAUGUGUGCGUCUUGCCUGCAAUACGAAGUCUAGGAGCGUAUGCCACCUAGAGCAUGCAUGGGUGAAAAAUGUGCCUUUACACACGCCUGCUAGUUGCUGAUUGAUGCUGGUUGUUUGUGCAUGUGUGUGUGUGUGCGCGCGUGAAUGUGUA